AUGCAUCGAUCUGCUUCUCCUAGCCGACCAAGCAUCGAAUUUCUCCCCAUCUUCAACCACCCCAUCGAGCUCUCCCCCAGCCGACACAUCUUCGUCAAGCCGUAUGUCGACCCUCAGCCCGAUUUCACGAAGGCCAAAGCGAAUGGCGCCCCAGUCCUCUCCCUGCGCAAGGUCCCGACCCGCUUUGAGGAGUCGGAUUUGCUCGCGUACCUGGUACCCGAAUGUCUGGCGGGUAUCGCCCACUUCCACCGCAUGAAAGAUCCCUAUGACGGGGUCUUCCUCCCCAUCAUGACAGGCAUCCCCACCCCCCUGCCGGAUGACCCCGACUUCCUCAACAUUCCGGCCCUAAUCCCCUCUGGCGGUACCGAGCCGGACAUUCUCGUGAAUGUCUCCACCCAUGUCUGCUCUAUUUGCUCAAGCAACCACCGGGUGGAGGACCAUGCGAUCUACCAAGCGCAAGGGUCGGCUCAACAAGAAGAACCUCCCCGAGGUGCCUUCGGAGCUUGCGCUGCGUCCAACGCCUUCCGCGCCGACCCCGGCCUCCUAUUCAUCGGCACGGAUCUGGAUAUCGAACCUUGGACCUGCGUGUCCUGCAACUUCGAAUGCGGCCCGACGCUGGACAGCGCGCUGAAGCACAUGGAGUCGGCACAGCACCGCGCCCAGCUGCUCGCCAACGCGCACAACACCGCUGCCAAGGAGACUUACCUCACCUGGAGCUUUGCUGCCCUCCUGAAGAAGGGAGGAAUCGAAGCCUUCCUCAAGAAGCUGAAGAUUACGACCCGUGCUUAG